AUGAGUGUGUAUCUUCUCGUUCUGUGUAUGGCUUUGCUGCAGCAGGGAGGUAGAGCCAAGCCAGACCCGCCAGGCUGCAAUAAUCCUGAGGCAGUGAGAGUGGCUGAAGAGGCCCUGGACCAAAUCAACCAGGACCAGAGCAAGGGUUACGUCCUGAGCCUCAAGAGACUGUAUGACGUCUCUCACACUCCUGACAAGGUAAGUCAGGAUUUGCAAGCCCAACAACAAAGAGGUCAUGCACUCUCUUGCCAGUUUACAAAAUAGCAGAAGUAUAGUUGGAAAAGUUGAUUGACCAACAGCAUUUUUGGGAGACAGAGAGAGAAAAAAAAUGAGCUUGGUGUGUGCAUUUGUGUGUCCAGGAGAAAGGCGGGUCACUCUACAAACUGACCAUCGAUGUAAUGGAGACCAUGUGCCACAUCACUAGCAGGAAACCAUGGAAACAAUGUGAAGUCAGAGGAAUUAGUGAUGUCCCAGUAAGUACCACACGGCGGAUGAUUUUCUCCUAUCAACAUAAUUUUUACGGGGCCUCUUUCUAAGAUUCACUUCACUUUGUCGGCUAAGGAGAGUUGUCUAGACCAAUAAUCUGCCUCUUCAGGCGUAGAUUUCACCUUAAACUCCCUUGAGUUAACCGCAACAAGGACACUGAUAUACAAAGGGGCUAAAUUAUGUAAAGCUCUGUAGAUGAGUACAAAGAACUUCACCUAUGAAAUCAAUACUAAAUAAAAGAGGUAGCCAGUGCAGUUUUACAAGCAGAGGGGAAAUCUGUUGAUAAAAUCUGGUUGCAUUAUUCUGAGUUGACUGUUAUUUUCUUGAAUACUUUUUUUUGGUUGUUAAAAUGGUUGAUAAAUGCAAAAUUACCCCCAAAUGUGUGAAAAAAAUUACAUUUUCAAGGACAGCCCAGCAAUCGCUGCUUCAAUUCUCAGCGUCGCUCUCUUUUUUUUAAUGUUUCCAAUUAUCCAGAUGUUGAUAUAAUGAAGUAUUGUGAAGUUUGAUAUCAUCAGCAUAACUAUGAAAAUUGACAUUGAGACGAGUAAUCAUUUUACCCAGAGUGCAUUUAUAGAAAGAGGAGAAGAGGACUGAUAGCACAUCCCUGAGGAACACCAUAUUUGAUAACAGAACAGAAUCACAAAUAAUUACUUGUAAGACAUGUUUACCUUUCCCUCUGCGUAUGUUUGCUUUAGGUGUACGGAGAGUGUGAGGUGUCUGCCUUCAUCGACUCUCAAGUCACACUCCACAGUUACUCCUGUGCCUUGCGUGAAGGUAAAUGAAAGGAGUCAUUUAGGCUCUAUUUGAUAGCACAGAUACAGAUUUACAAAGUGAAAGAGGGUCUGUUUUGAUUUGUAAAUAUUACUGAGGUGUUAAAUUAAAGAGGCUGACACAAACUAUAUCUUGUUUUAUGGAAUGGAACCCAUCCAUAACGCAAAUAAGAUGCGCAGCAGCAAUCUUACUUAUAAGGAAAUGUUUUUUCUAAUGCAGCAAAAUGUAAUGUUUGUCAUGACGGACUCCUUUCCCUUCAUGCACCUUUUGUAUAUUAUGGUUCUGAUCUCUUAAUUCUGUAUUAGGAUACCCUUAACACUAUCUCCUCACAAAAACUUUACCUCAACACUGCAUGGGCUAAACACUCAGCCCAAGACCAUGGCUAAGCUCUCCAUCAUGCGCACUCUCAAAUACCUGUACAUUCUUGCGCUCAGUUCCUGGUACUGUAGUGGUGCAUCAGUGUCCAGACUGCUCCACAGCAGACAACGUGGGUGAUCCUGUCAUCAAGGAGACGGCUAAUCUCUCCCUGCAGAGGUUUAACAUAGAGAGCGGCUUAGCCAACUACUUCACUUUGGAGAACAUCACCAAGGCCAGCUCAGAGGUGAAGUUAAAGAGGUUUAAUUAUAAGAUUAAAAGGUUUAUCUUCAGGUUUCAGCAUUACUUCACAGGUAUCUGUGUGUGCUUUGUCAGUGGUUUUCUGGUCCUGCUUACUAUGUGGAGUUCACCAUAGUGGAGACGGUGUGUUCAAAGACAACAGCUGCUAGUGAGCUAAGCGACUGCCCUCUGAUGGACUGUCAGUUUGCUGUGAGUAUAACACACUCAAAUGCACCAUAGGUUAAUUUAUGAUUAACUGUUGUUACCUAGCUCAGCUCACCAAAAAAACAGGCUUUCUGAGGAAACAAAUACGUGUUUACAUCUCAGUGAUAUAAGACAGGUGUAUUUAGACCUGUAUGAAAUAGUUUUAAAAGGUAAAAUACGCAUGUUCCCAAUGUUAAAAAAUGAUCACAUUGUCGAUUUUACGAGCAACUUACAAUUUCUAUCCUUGCAGCACCGAGGCUUCUGUAAGGGCAGCCACAGGACACAGGAGGACUUUGAUAUGGUAUUCCCUUUAGGGAAGGAGAGACUUCAGAGUCGUAACGAGGUGGAGGUGAAGUGUGAGAUCUUUGAACCCCAGGUACCAACAUUUCAACUGCUUAGACUUUUUCCUCAGCUGAUAUUAUUGUUUAAGAAUCGCAUUUAAUUAGAAAAAUAGAAUUGACAAAGGUUUUUUUUCCACAUUAAAGCAUUCUCUCCUCCAGUUUUCACUCAUAAUAAUUUUGUUUUUAUCCGAGCAAUUUUUUUCCCCUCUUACACCAUUUUUUUCCCCUCAAACUCUUCAUUCAUAAGAUUUCCACAGAUAAUCAGAUAUUGUAACCCUGAUUUUUUUCAUCGUCCACUAGAAAAUUUAGUUACUCAGAAAUCUGUAAUGUUUGUAUUGACCUUCAGAGUCACCAUACUCAGCUCUCAGGGUUAUGUGUUAUGUGUAAGUAGACUUCCCCACAAUGAUCUGAUGUUAUAAAUACUAUUGCACUCUCUUCCUCUUCUCUCCUCUUUUUAAGGCUGCACUUGUGGAGGAACAGGCCCACGCCAGAGCAGACAGCAAACACACAGACCAUCAGCACAGCAACCACACACACCUGCACCCCCACGAGCACACACACUCAGUCACGCCUACCUCAGACAUCCCUGUUUCAAGACCUCUGGACUCUUUGGGAACCUUGGUGUAUCUUCCUGCUCCAAUCAGAGCUUCUCCAGCAGCCAGUUCCUGCCCCGGACCGCACAGACACAAACUGGGUAUAGAGAAACGAGGGCUAUGA